UGCUGUAAUGUGAUGAAGGUGUGUUUGAGGUGUUUGCUGCACAAUAAAGCACUGAAAAAGUCAGGAGCACAGUGGUCACCUGAUUUCAGGAGCUAUAAAAGCUCCCACAAUCUGUCGUCCAGGAGCCUCUUCUGCCGGUUUCACCAUCCAUCAUCCAUCUGAUAUUUUAUCCUGAUCAUGGCUGUGACAAACCAACCAGGCCGAUACGCGCCUUCUGACUUCCAGACAGGAUUGUGUGAUUUCUGCGAUGACUGUGGAACUUGCUGCUAUGGUAUGUGCUGCUACGUGUGCCUCGGCUGCUCCAUCGCCAGUGACAUGGACGAGUGCUGCCUGUGUGGUCUGACUGUGACCAUGCGCAGCGUCUACAGGACCAAGUACAACAUCAAGGGGUCAAUGUGUAAGGAUUUCAUAGCGGCCACUUGUUGUGGGAUGUGUGCAACGUGCCAACUGAAGAGGGACAUUGACCGCAGAAAGGAGCAAGGAAUUUUCUAAAUAGAUACUGUCGCCAGGCAAGUUGUAAAUGUGAUGGGUUUCUUUGCUCAUUGUGGAACCUGAAGAUACUGCCUAUCCCCUUUCCAAUAAAAGAGGUUUAUUAGUUUGACUUCAGUGUAAUUUGUGUAGUAAUGGUGUGGUAAAUUUGUAAUCCUUCUGAGUUUUUAAAGGAAAUUGCAUUAUCUCUUCCAGUCAGUUAAACAUUAGUCAGUGGGAACACACCCACGUGGAAAAAAGUCAUAAAUUACUGCUAUCAUCGUAAAGACAGUCAUUUGUAUUGUCCUAAGCAUGUGACAAGAUGUGAAUUGCUUUGCAAGAUGUCUUUUAAUAAAAUAAUAUGUUUUGAAUGAUUCAAACACUUUGGAUAUAUUUCACUUCGACUGAGUAGACCUGGAGUUAGUUUUGAAAUAAAAAAAAACAUAAACCAUGUCAUAUUAUUUUGAAAUGUAGUUUUAAAGAAGAUGGCAUUAUUGAGCUUUAAUUAUCAUAAAAAAAGGUUUUGUAAAACUGAGCUUCUGACAAUUAACUCUUUUUAGCUACAGCCGGUGGUGCCACUGAGCACCCAGUGUGUAGAGUUAAGAGGAAUACUACAUUUGAAACUUGCUAAAUAAAGUAACAGGCACUUUUUCACAGCAGAAAUGUUUUCAUGUCAAGGGCAAACACACAUCUAGGCUGUGAGACUCCUGAAUUCAUCCUCCAAAUAGAUGUUUAUAUCAAAAGCAAAAUGUGUUGUAGGAUUUAUUAUCGUAUCCUGAAAAUAAAAAACAGCUGUGUUGAA